GUCUACUCAUACAAGUUUCGCACUUAUUAAACUAUUUUGUUAACGUAGCCUGUAUUAGUUUUAUGAUGUUUCUUCAAGGCUCUCGUUCAUUAUACAACAGUUACGCUUCAAGACUGUUUCGUUGUAAUUUUAAAAGAUGCAUUUCAUACGCACACCAAUCAAAUCAAAUUCAAUUAACCAAGUUGGGCAAUGUUUUUUAUGUGGUUCCAGAACAAGUGGCGUGCAUAGUGGAAAGAUUUGGUAAAUUUCAACGUAUACUUCACCCAGGAUUACACUUGUUAAUUCCAUUUGUCGAUCGUGUUUCCUAUACGCAUUCGCUUAAGGAGGAAACUAUAGCUAUAAAGGAUCAAAGUGCUAUAACGAAAGACAACGUCACCAUACAAUUAGAUGGUGUCUUGUACUUACGAGUAGAUGAUCCUUAUAACGCAUCGUAUGGUGUUGAGCAUCCAGCAUUUGCUGUAACUCAGUUAGCACAAACCACAAUGCGUAGUGAAUUAGGGAAGCUUACUCUUGAUGAAACUUUUCUUGAAAGAGAGACAUUAAACGUAGCAAUUACUAAAACAAUCAAUGCAGCUGCAGAAGGUUGGGGUAUGCGUUGCAUGCGUUAUGAAAUUAGAGACAUCAUUGUUCCUUCCACUAUACGUAACGCCAUGGAACGCCAAGCUGAAGCUGAAAGAAGAAAAAGAGCGGACAUUUUACAGAGUGAAGGUGAAAAGCAAACGGAAAUUAAUAUAUCUGAAGGAAGAAAACAAGCACUUAUUCUUCAAGCUCAAGGAGAAGCCGAGGCAGUGGUUCAACGAGCACAAUCGACCGCAAAAAGUUUAUUAAUGUUAUCUGACGCUAUUAAAACAUCAGGAGGUCACAAUGCUGUUGCUAUGCAAUUAGCUGAACAGUAUAUUGAUGCUUUUGGAAAGCUCGCUAAAGAAUCCAAUACAUUAAUCAUUCCUGCGAAUCCUCACGACUUUUCAAGCCUUAUAACACAGGUGACUUCGGUAUUUCAAAAAGUUUCUCAUGCAGUGUCCCAAUCUAUGCCGAUCACACCUAAAUUAGAAACCUCUUCCAAAACAAUGUAAAACCAACAAGUUUACCUUUUAUUAGCAAUACACAAACUUUAAUACACCAAACUUUUGUAAAAUUCCCUACGAAUAAUUUCAAAAU